AUGAGACUGCCAUUUCGCAAAAAGGACAAAAAGGGCAGCGUCCAGCUCGAGGUGCCCCUCGAGUUUCGCCCCGCCGGCGCCGGCCGGAUGCCUCAGUUCCCGCCCACCCGCGACUCGGCCUUCAAGCUCGCCCAGCUGCCCCAGCCCGUCCUGCAGCGCAUCUUUGCCCACGUCUGUCCGCACGCCCGCGACGAGUCCUUUGACACUUGCGAGGAGAGCGCUCGCGACGAUAACUGCGUCCUCUGCGACCUGCGCGACCUGUCCCACUGCGCCCAAGUCAGCCGCGUCUGGCGAAUCGCCGCCAUCCAAGUCCUCUACCACAGCAUUCGUAUCGAACCCGUACACUACUGCAAAAUGGAGGCUUGGCUGGCCGAGCGCCGCAAAAAGACGGGCCGCUUCGACCGCAACGGCGUCCCCGAAGACACAGCCCAGACGCGCCUGCGACUCCUCCGUCGAACCGUCCGCGAUGAUCCCACCCGAAUCGGCAAGCUCGUCCAGUACCUCAAGACGCCCUACAUGCUGCGCGAGUUCUGCUACGUCGAGCUCGCCCAGACUAUUGCCGUCCUGCCCGACUUGCACUACGUCGACCUCCCCGAAGGCAUGUUUGCCGACGAGCCCGCCUACGCCACCCUGCGGCUCGAGGUCCAGGCUCGCUGUCCCAAGCUGCGCAAGAUGUCGUACGCCGCCGGCUCCGAGAGGAGCUUUGCCAUGCUGGCCACGGGGCAGGUCUGGACGCGGCUGCAGGUCCUCGAGCUUAAGCGCCUCAAUGUUGACCCCACAACCAUGCGCAACGUGCUUGGGUGUCUCGUGAACUUGCGCGCUCUCAAAGUCAGCCAGACGGACAGUCUAUCAGACGAAGUCCUGCUCUCCACCGAAGGCCUUCCUGCGCUGCCUCCUCUCGAGGAGCUGGUCCUCAAGGAUACACCACGCGUCACCGCGGCCGGCCUAAUCGAGUAUCUAGCCUGGCUCGAGACGCAGCAAGCCCUCAAGGUCCUGACACUCAAGGACACGGGCGUGCAGCCUUCCGGUCUAGCAGAUAUUCUGACCAUGGCCACGUCCCUGCGUACCCUCGCAAUGCAGACAAAAAUCUCCGAGCCCUUUCCGCAAAACGCUGGCAUCCCGCCUCUCGCCUCCCGGUCCCUGCGUACACUGCGCUUCGAAGUCUCUGGGCGAACAUCCUCCGCCCAGGACGGCAGCGCUGCCAACACGUACCACACGUACGUUGCCAACUCGAUCCUCUCCAGCAACCUGCCUCGCCUCCGUAAGCUCUUUGUCCACGACGACUCCUUUCCCGACAAGCUGCAGUCCGCCAUGCCCGUCCCUGGUGGUGCCUUGAGCGGCGGCGGCCCCCGCCACCGUCACCAGAGCUCCUCCAUGUCUUCGACCCGCGGCGCGCCCUCCCUGCGCGUCUCUCCACCACCGUCCAACACCAGCAGCCCCCCUCGCAACGGAAUGGCGAGCCCCGGGUACAUCAGCAGCCCCAUGGCCAGCCCUCGCGCCGUCCCCCGCUCCCCCGGCCUGUCCAACCCCAUGGCCCAGAACCGCCUCAGUUCUAACAACCCCUUUGCACCCCAGCUGCAGGCCACGGCUACCGGACGCGUACCCAUCCAGACCCUCGAGGUCUUUACUAAGAGCGACGAGUUUGGCCAGUGGAAUUUUGCCCGCGUCCACGCCCCGCAGAGCCGCGGACACGCCGCCACCGCCUCACAGUCUACGGCAUCCCGCCGCGAGAGCCAAUAUGGCCUCGCUGCCGACGUCGAAGGCAAGGGCUGGGACCAGGGCGCCGCCCGUCGCAGUGUCAUGGUCGGCAACGCCGCCGGCGGCUUUUUGACCCUCCCCGGCGACGCUCCUUUUGCGCCUCCUCCCGAUCUCCUGCCGCCGGUGAAUCCCAGCUUUGCGAACGACGACUCCAGACCUCGCAGCAGCGGUAGCUUCACAUCACGCUUUCGUCGUUGA